GCCCCGCCCUCACUCUCUGUCUGUCUGACUCAGUCGGUCAGCGCUGAGCCGGUGAGCGGAACCUCGAGCAGCCCAGCCUUCAUUGUUGUAACCUGAGGAAGAAUAUUCUAGCGUGACCAUUUCAUAAAGAAUUAACUUCUCUGAAGACCAACUACUGAAUCAACAAGAAAAAACGUGGGAACCUCUUCUUUUGAAAGUACGCCUGAUUAUUUUCACAUCAGAAAUUGUGAAAGAUCUGCUUGAAAGUUGUGAGCUUACCAAAGAAGAAUGGCAGAUGACAGGAAGUCUGAGGCGAAUGCACCACAGUGGGCCUCGAACACUGUCCUUGAGGAUGCUUCACAUCAGUUUGCUGCAGAUUUUAAAGAGCAGACUGCCACAGAUGAAUGUAUAUCCAGGACUGAGAAUGGUUACUCCUUCAGAGAGCACCCUGCAGAGACUCAAAAUGGAAGUCAAACAGCCUACACUGUGACAAAAGCAAAUGGAAUCAAUGGGAAAUUGGCCACUAGAGACGAUGUGACAACAGCGUCUGAAAGAACUUCUGACAAUAAAUCAGUUCCUGCAACAGAAGCAGAAGUGAUCUCUGCUAGAAUUGUGCAGGAAGUCACAGCUGAGGCAGUAGCAGUGCUUAAAGGAGAACAAGUGAAAGAUACUGUACCGAGCGACCAGCCGAAACAGCCUUCUACAGUUGAAGACUUAACCAAUUUGCCGCCUUCCCCACCACCAUCUCCAGCAUCCGAACAUUUUGCUGCAGCUGAGAAAGAAGUUGUUGAGAGUCCAGCGUCUGAUGAAGAGGAACCAGCUGUAGCUCAUGAGCAAGAACAUGUUCAGGAGCCUUGGUCUGCUGAGCACUUAGUGCAAGCAGAAGCUGUGGCCCAACCCUGGGAUACCAAAUGUGUGGAAGUCACAUCAUCAAAUGAAGACAGUGUACCAGCUGAAAUUCCCAAUGGAAAAGGCAUGACUCAUAGAGAGAUUGGGUCCAUGGAAGAAAUGCCACCUUCUCUUGAAGCCACGAAGAUGGACAAGCUGUCAACAGGUGGAGAACCCUCUGUUGCUAGUGGGGGAAGACCAACGUUGCAUGAAGUGUCAAUUACAGAGUUGAAAGAUAAGACUGUUGAACGUACUGAACAACAAAUAUCUGACCUGUUACCUUCUUCCACACUGGGUAAAGAUAAUGAAGCUCUCAGAGGAACACCAGGAGAAGUCUCUGAGAUACAGAAUUCAUUUCCAACUGCUAUUUUGCAAACCCAACCUCUAGCUCCACCUGUCAAGAAUGAACCAUGUCCAGAAGAGUUAGUUGCUUCUAGUAUUGAGACUUUAACUAGCCAUCAUGAAAGUUCAUUACAGUUCAGUGCUUAUGAAGAUGAAUGCAUCCCUGUGGCAGCAGCAGAAAGCAUAGUCGCUCAAGUCCCACCAAGCUCUGUCCAGAAAACAGGUGAAACCAUAAAACCCCAACAUGCUUCAUCAGAAAUAACAUCCAGCAAAUUAGUUUUAGAUAAAAAUAAAAUACCUUCACUAAGUCCUAACAUUAAGGAUUUAUCUGAAACAUCCAGUGCAGAGAUUACAGAGGCUGGUUGUUUGAAAGAAAAGGAUAUUUCUGCAAACGUUGUAACUGAUAAGGAGAGUGCAGCAGCUUUACGAGAAGAGCCAUUUGCUGGAAUCUCUGUUACUGAAGGCAAAGAUGUGUUGCAUCAGCAAAAAAUACCAACAGAUUCUCUUGCAACCACUGUUUUUGUCACUAAAGAGGAGCAGCAGGUUCCUCAGGAAAAGCCUGGAAUGCCUGAGGAAAUGCAUUUAGAACAAACACUUGCAGAUGCUGAUAGUGCAGUUAAGGAUGAUGCUAUAACUUCAGAAGCUAAAAGGAAAGAAAUGCCAGAUACAAUAAAACUGGUCGAACAUAUAGGUGAUGUCUUUUCAAUGCCAGAAGACAGACCAGAACAUGUUGAAUAUAACUCUAUAAGAAGUGCAGAAAACUUAAGGGAUUCAAAGGGAAAACCAGCAGUUGAAGAGAAAAUUUCCAGUGCAAUAGAAUUAUUACCAACUGAAUCUUCUAAACAUGUGCCUGAACAGUUAACAACCAAUCUUCCAUGUAAGGAAAUGGAUAAAGCUGAUCAAAAAGUAGAAGUUUGGCAAUUAACUGAUGUUACGUCUGCUCAAUCCUAUGUGGAAGAAGCUAAUCGAAUUGUACCAUAUAGCAUACAACCUGCCGCAGGUGAUGCAGCUGAUAGUUUAAGUAAUGGUUCAAUGCUUGAGAUGAUUAAAUCAGACCAAUGUGCUAUUGAGCAAAGUAUGGAGAAGAUUCAUGAUACAUCCACAAAAAUUGAAGAAGAAAGCACUCACCAGAUAUUUUCCAAAGAGAAGGAGUCUGAACCACUGGUGCCCGCACCCACCGAUUCAGAUAUCACUUCUGAAAAAAUUGCAGUAAAUUCAAUUAAUCCAAUAGUGGAAAGCAAAAAAACUGACACUGCUAAUGUGAGUUUAAAAGAUGGGACAGUGGUGGAUCAACCGGAAGUAUCAAAGUAUUUUGAAACAUUUGUUUCAAAGGAUGAUCAGGCAAAAGUAAGCGAACAGCCUGGGGAUGGUUAUUAUGAAUUGACCAUUACAGAGGAGAGCAGUUCAAGGCUACCUCAUGAAGUGCAGCAGAGCUCCGAGGCCCCAUGUGAAAAAUCAAAAGUUGAUGACGGCAAAGUUGAAAAUAAUAUUUUGGCAGAAAGAAUUCAUUACAGCACACUUGCGCAGUCACCUCUCCCUGUUGAUGACCAGACUAAGCCCACCACAGGAAAUGAAAUUAAUUUUCCUGCCACUCACAGCAAUGGAGAGAUGGCAAUUUCUCAACAGCCUGAUUCAAGUGGUGAUGUGAAUGUUUCUGAAGGACUACAGAAGCUAGUGCUGAAUUUACCAGCAACCUUUUUAGAUUCAAUAUCACUUGAGGUGGAAACAGAGAGCCAAGGUCCCCCAGAAUCUUUGUCGCCACUGGCGUCUGACAUCCUUGCCUGUACCAGGGGAAUAAGCUUGGAUGAGUCAGCAGACUUUUUCCCCGCUCCAACACCUGCCGAGGAGAAGCAGAUUUGUUUUCCCGUUGAAGCAGACAAAAGCAAAAGUGUGCCCACGUACGAAGAGAAGUCAGCUAAUGAAAACCUGGGAUUAGAUCCACAGUAUGCUUACUCCCAUACUUUGAAGCAUGAUUACAAAAAUGACAGUGUUGUGGUUCCUGACUUGCCUGAAAUGUUGGAUUUAGGAGUUGGUAGAAGCAGACUGGGCUUUGAGGGCACAGAAACAGAGAUGGGCCGAAGAGCAUCCAUGCCUGCAGAAUCUGCCUCUGGCUCGGAGGCUUUAAGUGAAAGCAUCAAACUAAUCAUUAAAAAUGUUGGUCAACCAGAGGAAAUGGGCUAUUGUGUGUUUGAAUACUCUGCUCCCUUACCCACUCCUGAGGAGGUUAAAAGUCCUCUGGAAGAUGGAAGCAUUUUCCUUCACAAGAUCCGCACAGCUUCUCAAACUAUUGAUGAGGAAAGUAUCAGGAGGCAAAUAGAUGCAAAUAAGCAUAAAGAGGAUUCACAUUUUAGAAUUGCCACCCUGUCUGAAGACAGUGAAUUAAAAAUAAUGCCCAUUAUGGAAGGGCAAUCAGAAAUUAAGAAUGAAGAAUCAGUUUCAAUAGAUGUUCCAGACCAGGUUACUAAGACAGAUUCUGGAUCUGUUCAUUUAUCUGAUGUCCCUGAAAUUAAAGAAUUUGAUCAAAAUAAGGCUAUUGAUGCUUCGAAAAUUGCAGUAGACUCUUUAAAUAAAUCUCUGGAUUAUUUGCCAACUGAGUUUACAGGACCAGAAGCACCUUUGAAACUAGAGUCUGUGGAUCAAAAACUCCCUGAGAAAGAUGCUCCUAUUCAAGAAGCAGCUCAGCCUAAGAAAACUUUGGAUGAUGAGACUAAGCGUAGUUCGUCCAACAGAGUUACUGUAACAGUUUUAGAAAUGGAGUCAGUAAGGUUUGGGAAAAGUGCUUCUGUACAGGAACCAACUCAAACCAAGAAAACAUUUGAAGAUAAGCCAAGACCUAUUUUGCCCAGACAGGAUACUGUGCUUGAUGUUGACAUAGAAAUGGAGGCAGAUCACAUACUUUGCGAGAAAGCUGCUUCCAUUCAACAAGCUGUUCAACCUAUCCAGGUCUUGGAAGAUGAACAUAGACCCCAUUUGCCCUGUGAGAUUACUGUAGCAGAAUCUGUUCAUCAUGAAGUGACUGAGGAAGAUGCUUUCAUUCAAGAAACACCUCAACUCCAGGAGCUUGUGGAAAGUAAGUCCGUUACACAAAGUGAGGCUACCUUAACUGAAGUGAGUGUGAAAACUGACGCUGUUGACCACAAGAUGCCUGAGAAACCUGCUCAUGUACAGAAAACUGCAUCACCUGAGAAAAUAAUGUCUGAUGCCCCUAAGCCUAAUCUGCCAAGUGACGUUAAUGUCCUUGACGUAGGUGGAAAAAUGGAACAAAUCGAUCAGAUAUCUGAGAAAAUUGUCCCUCCACCAGAAUUGAUUCAAACUGCUAAAAUUAGGGAGGAUGACAUGGAGCCUGGUUUGCCCAAUGUGGCUAUUGCACUCAAAGAUGAUUUGGAAGCUGUACACUCUGAUGACAAAAUAGAGAAGAAGCCUGCUCCUGCACAAGAAUUGAUUCAAGCUGAGCGAACUGCUAAAUCAGAAACUGUGCCUACAUUGUCCAGUGAUGUUAUUGAACAGGCAGUCACUCAACCUGUGAAAAUCACAGAGGAUGAAACUAGGACCACACCUCGUGAAGUUAUUGUAUCAGAGGUUUCAAAAGCAGAACUGCCUGAUUAUAGAAUCUCUGCUUCUGUGCAAGAAUCGGCUGUAGCUGAGAAAACUAUCAAUGAGGAAACUAAGGCUAAUUUGUUGAUUGAGGUUACGGUGCCAGAAAUCGUUUUGCAAAUGGACCCUGCUGACUACGAAGUAUCUGAAAAUAUUGUUCCUGUGGAAGGAACUGAAGAGAGAGGAAUUGUGGAAUCUGUUGUUACAGUAGAUGAUGACAUUAUUACAGUUGUUCAAACCACAUUAGAAGGAGGAGAGGACAUGGGCCACAGUGUGAGAUUUGCCAUAGCUGAUGGUGAUGACACUGAUGAUGUUUUUACACGCAGUGAACAAACCCAUUCAAAAGAAGAACAAGUUCAUGAGCCUCCUGUACAAACUGCUGAAAUUGUGCUUAUCCCGGAGAAGAUACAGAUCCCGACAGACUUGAAAGAAGAUGAGAGUAUUGAUGAAUCAGUAAUGGACACUGACAGCUUCUGGAUGGACACACAAGAUGAAGAGAGUAUCAUAGUAACACAACCCGCUGCUGUCACAAAACAGGAGAAACCAGAGAAGGAAUUCAGCAGCCCGUCUUUGGAUAAACAUAGGAAAGGGAAAGUGUUAAAAACUGCAAAAAACAGAGCUUCUACGCCUGAGAGAAAAAUAAUCAAAAAAGAUGUCAGUGUACUCUCCAAAGAAGACAAAAAGAAAAGAAAAGUGUAUAAGAAGUCUGAACUUGCUAAAAAAACAGAGAUUCAGACCCGGUCUCCCUCCAGGAAAAUCAUAUUAAAACCAGCUGUAAGAUAUCAUAGACCAGCUCACGUCCCUUGUACUAAACGGAAGCAGACAGCUCCUGGAAGUGUUGAGGGUGCAUACAUUAUAGACCAGAAAUUUUCUGUUGCUAAGCAACCCAAGGAGCGGAUCACAAAUUCAUCUACACUAACAAAGAUUCCUACCUCAAAAUUAUCUUCCCUCCUCCCUGAAAGACCCAAAUCUACUUGUUCUGCUGAUAGAAAAGCCUUUAUUGACCUAGAUUAUUAUCCCAGACGGCCCUCGUCUGCUGGCCCUAGAGAAUCUUUGAAUGAGCAGCCUGUGAGAAAGGAUGCCACAGGGAGGAGCCCAGAGAAGCGUUCAGCUUUGCCAAGACCUUCUUCGAUCUUGACCGCUCGCCGAGCUCCACCAGAAGAAAAGGAUGCCCAUUUUGUUCCGGCUACAAGCCCAGUUUAUUCUGCACCAAGGCGACCAACAACUAUAAGGACUGAACCAAGAAAUGACCAAAGGGGUCAUGGGAUGACCAGAUCACGAGCACAUGCAAGUGCAGGCUCUGAAUCAGCGCGAUCCAAGUCAGCAAGAAGUGGCACUGUCACGCCAUCCACUCCUGGAUCUACUGCAGUCACGCCGGGCACGCCACCCAGUUACUCUCGCACACCAGGUAGCCGGACCCCUCGCACUCCCGGCACACCUGGCACACACAAAUCUCCCAUUCUUGUGCCCACAGAAAGGAAGGUGGCCAUUAUCCGCACUCCUCCAAAAUCUCCCCUUACUCCAAAGCAGCUCCGCGUUAUCAACCAGCCAAUGCCAGAUCUGAAAAAUAUCAAAUCCAAAAUUGGAUCAAUUGACAACCUAAAGCAUCAACCCAGAGGAGGGCAGGUACAUAUAGCAAAUGUAAAACCUGAUUUUAGCCAUAUUCAGCCAAAAUGUGGCUCGCUGGACAACGUGCGUUAUUCUCCCCUGGUUGGAAACGUACAAAUAGUUACCAAGAAAAUAGAUGUGAGUCACAUCACGUCAAAAUGUGGCUCUUUCAGCAACAUACACUAUAGACCAGGUGGAGGACACGUUAAAAUUGAAAGUCAGAAACUGGAUUUUAAGGAAAAAGCACAGUCCAAGGUUGGCUCCCUUGAUAAUACACAUCAUACUCCAGGAGGUGGAAAUGUAAAGAUUGAAAGCCACAAGCUUAGCUUUCGUGAGAAUGCCAGGGCUCGCGUGGACCAUGGAGCAGAUAUUGUCACUCAGUCCCCAGGACGAUCUGGCGCCACAACUCCUCACAGACUCAGCAAUGUCUCUUCUUCUGGAAGCAUCAAUUUAAUGGAAUCACCACAACUUGCCACACUUGCUGAUGAUGUUACUGCUGCACUAGCCAAGCAAGGAUUGUGAUUUUGCUCUACAAAAUUUUAAUUGUUUGUUUGUAGCAUGUGCUUUGAGCCCUCACAAGCUCAAAGUGGGAUUGUGUUUAUUCCUUUCAAUUAAAUAUUGAUCAUGUCCUCAGACCGUAGUGAAUAAAAACAAAAUCUUGUUUCCAUUCAUGCCAGGUGUUUCUGGCUUUAAAUGGCUAAAACUGCUGUACAUCACACAUAGCAAUGUUGUUUCUCAGCUCUGCUUGCAUGGACUGAUGACAAAUGCAUUUAUAAUGUUUCAUGCCUGAAGGCAGUGUUGAAAUGGAUCAGUACUCAGAAAGCAGCUGACAUGCUUUAUUCCCAACUACUCAUUCUAUGUUGAAUGAAUUCUUCCUUGUAGAUGAGGGAGAGUACCUAUUCUUAAUAUUUAUUGCAAGGUAAAUUAAUACAUACUUGUGUUUCAUGGGAAUAAAGGGGCAAGUCCAGAAACUAGUAAUCUACAUAAAGAAUCCCUGAAUUACAUUCUGUUCAGGAAAGAAAAGCAGUCUGAUAUGUUGAGAAGUGGAAGUAUUAAUGCCAAAACACGAUGUGACCACAAUAUUAUUACAAAAUGGUAGUGUUUUGCAUUUUUAUAAUACAAGUUGUAACAAAAAUGGGAAUUAAGUUGUUCAGAAAUAUCAUGCAGCUACUUUAAAUAGGAUGCAAAUCCAAUGUUGUGGAUCUGUAUCUAACUAGAAUGUCAGUUCAGUGCUAGAUUUCUAUAUAUGCUGACUUUUCAUAUUUUGUUUGAUCAGUUGUUUGAUAUAUAGUACAUAUAUAUGCAGUUUGAUGUACUGUAUAUAUAUUAUAUAUAUACAGUAUAAUAGAUAUCCUCUGUGGCCAGUGUGUUAUCCCUUAUAUACUUGAAGUUACGCUUUUAUUCACAGUAUCUGUGUUUCUGCACCUUUUGGUGUUACUGUUUAGGAUAAGGUAGCCAUUAGCAGUUAUACUUGUUAGAUUUAUCUCUCAAAAAAAAUAGCAUGAAGUGCUUACUGUAACAGCCAAAAGCUAUGACCUUAGUGCCAGAUGAGUUUGUUGAUGUAUUGCUAGCUAAAAGAUUCAAACAAUUGCUUUGUAGAGUUUUGAUGUACUGAGGGGGUCACAUAGCAUUUGGUGUGUGCUGUUUUCUGCUUAUUUCACUUCGCAAGCCAGUUUAGGUAGUGAGGGCCAAUUAAAGAAGAUGUUUUUUAAAAUACAUAUACUAGGGAAUCAGGAUAUUGGAGUAUUUCGUUCCAAAUGUGUUGGUCUCGGUUCAGAAUUACUGAAGCCAUAUUCACAGGGCUUUUCUUGGAAUUGCAACAAAAUAUUUUACUUUCAAUGUUUAGUUAAAAUUGAGAUUUAAAAAUUAAUUGGCAACUGAAAUAAUGACAGCAGAAAUUUAUAAUGCAUUUUCAGAGGUUGCAGAGAGGCAGUAUCUUGUUUCAGGAUGGAUAGACUGGAAGUCAAAAUUAAUAAAAAAAAAUUAAUCUGAAGGUAUGUUUUGUAAAUACUACAGCCUGCUACCAAGGGUUAUUGUAGAUAUUUAUUAAUGUAAUCAAACAACAGUAUCUUUAACAAAUAUUAAUCAAGACCAUGUUUUUCACUAGCCUGUAAAAAAUGCUUUGGAAAGUAAAUUAAUCUUUUGUAGAAGAAAACAACGAUGUAUUUUAAGAUUAUCUGAAUAUGUUGAAAGCAAUGCUGCAUAUUUUUCAUUAAAAUACAGCUUGUAUUGAACAAUACAGGAUACUGUAGCAGGAAGUGAUGGAAAGGAAUAUUGUUGAAGUGGGGUUGCAUUUUAAAUGAAAGUCUGUUAUUGUUGAUAUGAUCUUGCCAAGUUACUCCAACAAAAUUUGAAAACAAAAAUACUUAAUCAUUUUAGAAGAGGUGAAAGAAAAAUAGGGCAAAAUAAGAUGCCUUGUCCUGGUAUAGGCUGCGGGAUUUUUAUGUGCUUUAGAGAAUGUGUUUUAUGUCCAAUCAUUCUAGAGUCUGUCAAGACAAUGAUAUUUUGGGAUUGGCCAGUGUUAGCUUGUAUGUUUUAAGUAAAAUUUGCACUUGUGUUUGUUGCUGUAGAGUGAUUUGCAGAAUAAAUUGCUUCUCAUCUGACACUAGUUAAAGUUCUGUGCUGUUUAUUUUUGAAACUGGGCAAUUUGUAAACUCUGCCCGCGAUCAAGGCAGGUGGCUGAAAAGGUCUAGGCCCAGGCAAAAGCUAAGUCAUUAACGUUAUGAA